UCAGUUAUUCUAUGGUUGAAUUUAGGUUAUUCGUUUACUGUCUGAUAACCGGAUUUUUGUCUCACAUUGUCGCAAGCGGUUUUCUAAUUAAUUAAUUUCAAGAUGAUAAACACAUUCCGUCUGAUAUCUCGACAGAACCCUCAUCAAUUUCGUCAAUUUCACAAAUGUAUUAUUCGACGAGCGGAAUCAGCGACUGCAGCAGCAGUGACUGAAUCUACAUCGAUUUCACGACCACCUCCUUCGGGUGCUGACAAAUCGGUGGAUCCGAAAAUCGACAAAAUAGCUAAUGACAUAAGCGCUCUCAAUCUGAUUGAAGUAGCGCAGCUCAGUGAUCUGUUAAAGAAGCGACUGAAUUUACCAGAUGCACCUGUCAUGCCUAUUGGAGGAUUUGCUGCUGGGCCUCAGGUUGAGGCACCUGAGGAGGAAGAAGAGCAAACACAAAAGAAAGUACAAACGUCAUUUACUGUUAAAUUGACAGGAUUUGAUGAUAAACAAAAGGUAGCUCUAAUAAAGGAAAUUAAGAGCCUGUUACCUGACACAAAUCUUGUUCAGGCAAAGAAGUUUGUCGAAAGUGCACCUACGAUAGUGAAGGCUGAUUUGGCAAAAGAGGAAGCAGAGAAAUUGAAAGACUCUCUUGUAAAGGUUGGUGCUAAAAUCGAAAUAGUAUAAUAAAUCAUGUGUGAUUACAUAUAUUGUUACAUGUAAUAUUAUAUAGUAAAAAUUUACAUUUACUUACAAAA